AGUAUGUACAGAGAAGAGUACGUACUCUAUACAACCGGCAAAGCAGAAUACCAACCCUAUACUUGCAUAUAACCCAAAACGUACGCAUCAGAUGUCUAAAUUUAAAUAUACCUGGGCAGAAUACAGGUCCUCACCAAAAGAUGAGCAGCGAACCCUUGGUCCGUAAUUUCCAGCAGCUCAGCCGUCGCGACGGUCCCUUAGUGGGAGGGGAGGGACUCCUCCCUGGGCAAACAACAUCCGAGAGACGGUGGCAGGCAGCUCUCCUGGCGAUUCUCGCUUCCCAGUUUACAGAAUACUCCGACGGGUUCUCUGUCGGCUCCUAGGCCUUGACCGUGACUCAAGAGGAGCUUGCGGGCCUGUUUUAACGAACAGAUGGUUUCGCAGGUCAUCUCUUGCGUGUCGGAAGGCCCGGUGCAAGGU